GUGAAGUUGCUCCUUGAUCAGCCUGGGGUAGACAUCGAUGCCAUCGACCUGGAGGGUAAAACAGCCCUUCACGUGGCGGCCAGCUAUGGCGCGCACGAGUAUAUUUCACUCCUUCUCGCCCGAGGCGCAACAGCGAGUGGUCUAGUAGCGUCGGGGCCUGCCGAUCUAUACCAGGAAGAGCGCUGGACACCUUUGCAUAUCGCUGCGGCGCGCGGAUAUCGAGACGCUGUAACGGUGCUCCUUGAUCACCCGGGGGUGAGCGUCAACGAGCGCGCUGUCGAUCAUAGGACGGCACUUCACUUCGCCGUUAUGCAGCAUGGAUUUGACACCGUCGCUUUGCUGCUGGACCGAGGGGCGGAUAUCGACGCUGUGACCAGGAGGGGACUCACGCCUCUCCAUAUGGCCUCGAUGCGACCCUGUGUCCGCUCCAUCCGCGUUCUCUGCGAGAAUGGGGCCAACAUAGAAUCUCGCGACGCAGCUGGCUGGUCUCCCCUAUAUUGUGCUGUCUAUUGUGGCAACGAGGACAGCGUGCGUGUCCUGCUAGAGUGUGGUGCAGACGCAGGAACUCGUGCCGAUGAUGGC